UGUAUAAAUCUGAACUAUAUAUUAUUUCCACAAACAAGUGUAAACUAUUGCAUUUUUCUUUAAUACAUUAGAGGUUUUAAUAUACAAGUUAUGCAUAAAGCCAACACAAAACUUGCCUUUGAAAAGUGGGGCAUGGUUAAAACAUAAAUAAUUUAUUGUGCUUAUUUAUUAUUUUAAAUCGCAUUUAUAUUUGUUUUUUUUUUUAAAUAAAUAAAUAAAAUAGGCUAACAUUAGAAGCUCAUGAAGAAUCAGUUGCAGACCCAGCUGCAGAUACAUGAAGGAAGUAGGCUAUAUAUACAAAAUGCAAGAAAAAACUUUUUUUUUUUUUUUUUUUUUUUCUGUUUGUAAAACAUCCUCUACCCAUUUUACCAGAGUAAAUGCAAGGUACAUUCUUGGUGUGAGAUGAGUAACCACUGAGAUAAUGUUGAUGACCUCAUCGGCUCAGAAUUGGAUUUCAGUAAUAUUUCAUAACAUGAAAUUUUAGCAAACUUCAGUAUAUUUAAAGCAAUCUUUUAGAAUACUGGACUGGGAGGAAUGGGAACAUUAGUCAGUAAUUCUUCUUAAACUUCACAGUUUAAGAUUACAGAGGCCAUUAUAACCCGUGUGACUGUACACACUGGACACCGUACUACUUCUGUGUGCUCUAAACACUCGCCCUACUAACAGACAUGAAGGUAGUAAAAGUAUUUACUAAAAUAGGUCUAUAGAUGAAACCCAUAUGAGUGAGAAGUCACAGGCUGUAGAGCCUCUGAAGGGAAGUGCUCUAGAGGAGCUUAUCAUUCACUCUGAGCUUCACUACAGACCCACAGCACUGUCCUCUCCUGAUCUUCUGCCACUUUCUACCUUUAUUAGACCAUUUCUGCUGGGAUUUACUUUUCUAAUCUAGGAACUGUUUUUAUUUGAAACCGUUAAUCUAAAUUCAAACAGAAAAUAUUUGACAUGUUUAUAUUCGUCUGUUUGUGUUUAUGGAGUCAGACUGGUGUGUUUGUUGCUGAUGCAGUGAAGUCAGAGUCAGUGACUGAGGGAGAAUCAGUCUCUCUGAACUCUAGUCUCACUCAAAUACAGACACAUGAAGACAUCGAGUGGAAGUUUGCUGAGUUGCUCAUAGCUAAAGUGAAGAAAAACAAAGAGAGCAAGUUUUAUAAUACCACUGCUGCUGGGAGAUUCAAAGACAGACUGAAACUGGAUCAUCAGACUGGAUCUCUGACCAUCAUCAACAGCAGAACCACAGACUCUGGACUUUAUACAGUCUCCAGCAGCAGAACAGACACAACGAUCAACACGAUCAAUCUCACUGUCUAUGCUCGUCUGCCUGUUCCUGUCAUCAGCAGUAACUCUUCACUAAACUCUUCAUCAUCAUCAUCAUCAUCAUGUUUAUUGGUGUGUUCAGCUGUGAAUGUGAGUCAUGUGACUCUCUCCUGGUUCAAAGGAAACAGUGUAUUCUCCAGCAUCAGAGUGUCUGAUCUCAGCAGCCGGUCUGAUCUUCUUCUCCAUCUGGAGUGUGUGGAUGAUUCCUACAGCUGUGUGCUGAACAAUCCCAUCAGAAACCAGACUCAACACCUCAACAACGCUCAACUCUGUCACACAUGUGCUGCAGGUCCUCCAGUCUCUCUGACAGUGCUGAUCUCUGCUGCUGCUGCUGCUGGAUCUCUGUUGAUUGUUGCUGCUGUCGGGAUCUUCUGCAUCUGCAGGAAACACAGAAACACACACAGAGAAGAGACUCGAGCAGAAGAGAUCACUUACGCUGAUCCCACAUUCAACAGAAGAAACAGAAAUAAAUCGAGGCCUAGAGAGGAGGAUAAUGUGGUGUACGCAGGAGUCUCGAGACGUUGAUCAGAUCUUGAUCAUUUGAAAGAUUUCCCAAUAAGUUUGAAGUUAUACAUAAAUACCGGCCUGCAUCAUAUUUGCUGAAUGACAUCCAAUACUUGUUUUGUAUUGAGUCAGAUGUUUUCUGUUACAGAUAUUAUUAAAUUACAUUAAAUAAUUAAAUUACAUUAAAUUACAAAUGAAGAGUUCAGAUGCAAAAGCCUCUAAAUGCCAUCUGAAAUUUUCUUCUAAAAUGAGCAUUUUUAUCAAGCUUGUAUGUUUAUGUUCAGUUAAUUCACUUUAAUGGCAAUGAAUUUUUCCAAAAGAAAAAAAAAAAAAAAAAAAAACACUGCUGGUCCAAAUGUGCUUUUAUUUGUGUUUUGUUUAAUAUAAAGUUUCUGUGAAGGAUUUUUGUCAGUUAAUGGCUGUGGUGUUCACAGUCCAUGUCAAAAGGUCAAAUAUUAUACAUUAAUAAUGUCAUAUUAAUGGAUUUUAAUUGAGGAGAUUUUAACAGUGUUUUUGAUUUAUUUUAUUUAUGCUUGUUGCAUUCACGCCACAUCGUAAUUACUGUAAUUACUGUAUAUUAUAAUUUGUAAUUUGUAAUUUUCUGAGAGCUCCAACUUCUUCCUGACUGCUGGAGAUUCAUUUUGGGAUUAAUAAUGUUUGACAGAAGCACAUAAUUCUGAAUCUGAUGACAUGAACAAAUAAAAUCAUGUGUUUCUCAUCUCGUAAUAACGGUAAUCAUGACAUGGCGUGAACAAAUCAUGUUUUCAAUAGAUUUGUCAGUCUUGUUCAUCUCUGUUGAAGCGCCAACUAAUGUGUUAACAGCUCUCUCUCGCUCUCUCUCUCUCUCUCUCUCUCUCUCUCUCUAUGUCUCUCUCUCACUGUGACAUUUUAUAGUGUAAAGUUCUUAAAAGUUUAUAUGCAAGAUAUAUCUUUAUUUCAUAUUUUUCCACAUUUCUUCAUGCCUCCUUUUGUACAAUUUUAAAUAAAUAUGCUUUAAUAUAAUUUUAAA